AUGGGAAAACGCGCAACGCCACAACCAUCCAAUUCUCAAGACGACACCGUUUCGCUGCUUCCCUCUCAACGCAAGAAGCCCAACCGCUCUACUCCUAACCUCGACGUUUGCUUCGUCGGAAAGCCCAUUCCAGCCACCGACGCCCGCGCCAAAUGGCCCCACCGAUACUCCUCUAAGUGUAUACUGUGUAGGGAUACUAGCGAAAACAGUGGGGAUUUGUUGGCUCGAUGUCAUUUCUACCAAGCCAAAGUGGAUGGGAUAGUCUAUAAACUCUACGAUGAUGCUUAUGUCAAGGCUGAAGAUGAUAAACCUGAUUAUAUUGCGCGUAUUGUUGAAAUGUUUGAAACUGUUGAUAAUGAGAAAUAUUUCACAGCACAGUGGUUUUACAGAGCGGAGGAUACUGUUAUCAAAGAUCAUAGUGAUCUCAUUGACCAAAAACGAGUAUUUAUAUCUGAUGUCAGAGAUCAAAACCCACUUGACUGCAUUGUUUCUAAAAUAAAAAUUGUUCAAAUCAGCCCAGAUGUGGACUUGACUAUGAAGAAGCGAAAAAUUCUUUCUUGCGAUCACUAUUAUGAUAUGAAGUACACUGUUUCAUACGUAACCUUUUCAAACCUUGACAAUGAAACAGCUAGAACAGAAAGUGAUGCAACUUCAACAAUUUCAAGCGAAUCUGGAUCUCAUGGCUGUGUUGACGAUGUUAAUACAGUUAAUGAAAAGACUAUUCAAAAUAAUAGUUCUGUUUCGUCUCAGUGGACUUUAUUAGAUUUGUAUUCUGGAUGUGGGGCAAUGUCUACUGGUCUUUGCUUGGGUGCUUCUAUAGCUGGCAUCAAACUUGUCACUAGGUGGGCUGUUGACAUAAACACACAUGCAAGUAAAAGUCUAAAGUUAAAUCACCCUGAAACUCAGGUGAGAAAUGAGCCAGCAGAAGAUUUCUUAAAUCUAAUAAAAGCUUGGGCUAAACUUUGUGAGGAGUUUUCAUUGUUAGGAUCAGAAAGAUCAGAUUCUGAUUUUGACGUGGAUGAGGAUGAUGUUGAUAAUGUGAAUAAUGAAGUUUCAGUAAAUCAGUCUGACUCUGGGGAAUUUGAGGUGGAAAAGUUACUUGCCGUUUGCUAUGGAGAUCCCAACAAUGUCAAUAAACCAGGACUAUAUUUUAAAGUGCGUUGGAAGGGUUACGAUUCCAGUGAGGACACAUGGGAGCCAAUAGAAGGCUUGAGCGAUUGCAAGGAAGUUUUGAAUGAUUUUGUGAAAAAUGGAUACAAGAAGAAGUUAUUGCCUCUUCCUGGCGAUGCUGAUUUUAUUUGUGGAGGACCCCCAUGUCAAGGGGUUAGCGGUUUCAACCGCUUCAGGAACGAACAAGCUCCAUUAGAGGAUAUAAAAAAUCGGCAGUUGAUUGUUUACAUGGAUAUUAUUGAUUUUCUGAAGCCAAAAUAUGUUCUCAUGGAGAAUGUCGUUGAUCUUUUGAAGUUUGCUGGUGGUUUUCUGGGGCGUUAUGCCAUAGGUCGUCUUGUGGCCAUGAAUUAUCAAGCAAGAAUGGGCAUGAUGGCAGCAGGGUCUUAUGGUCUUCCACAAUUUCGCAUGCGAGUUUUUCUUUGGGGAGCACGUCCCACCGAGAAAUUGCCUCCAUAUCCGUUACCAACGCAUGAGGUGGUAUCAAGAGGUUUUGUACCAACUGAGUUUGAAGAAAUUACAGUUGCUUAUGACAAUAAAGAAACUUGUCAGUUGGCUGAUGCCCUUUUUCUUGAGGAUGCAAUAUCUGAUCUGCCUUCUGUAACAAAUGAUGAGAGCCGGGAUGAAAGGAACUAUGGGACUGCUCCUCGUACCGAGUUUCAAAAAUAUAUUAGAUUGAAGAAAAACGAGAUGGUGGGUAAUAUGGCUGCUGCUCAAAGCAUAUCACGUAGAAUACUGUAUGAUCACCGUCCUCUGCAAUUGAACAAAGAUGAUUAUGACAGAGUUUGCCAGAUUCCUAAGAAGAAGGGCGCAAACUUCAGAGAUUUACCAGGUGUACUUGUGAAAGACAACAAAGUGGAAUGGGAUCCAUCGGUUGAAAGAGUGAUGUUAGACUCGGGGAAGCCUUUGGUUCCUGAUUAUGCUAUGACAUUUGUUCGCGGGACCUCCUCGAAGCCUUUCGGUCGUUUGUGGUGGGAUGAAAUUGUGGCAACAGUUGUGACAAGGGCUGAGCCUCACAACCAGGUCAUUCUCCACCCAACACAAAACCGAGUACUUACAAUUCGAGAGAAUGCGAGAUUGCAGGGGUUUCCUGAUUGCUAUAAACUUUGUGGACCUGUCAAGGAAAGGUACAUACAAGUUGGAAAUGCUGUUGCUGUUCCUGUUGCGCUGGCGCUGGGAUACACAUUUGGUUUGGCCUGCCAAGGAUUGUCUGAUGACAAGCCUUUGACAACAGUCCCUUUCAAGUUUCCAAGUUGUCUUGCCCAUUCAUCUUUAAUUCAAACUGAGAAUGAUGAUUCAAGUUGAUAUUGUUCCCACACAAUGCCUUUCUCGCUGCCAUUGCCUUGUUAAACAAUAGCAUUUCAAUUCAAUGUUUUCAUUUUAAGGUAAUAGUGGCCGAAGAAGGUAUGCACGAUUGUAUGUACAC